GGUCAAGUGACGCAGUGUUUGUAGUGGAAAGCAAUGAAUAUCCUACCGCAGAAGUUCUGUUUUUGCAUCGAUCUCCGGAAGGGCAUCGUGUGGUUGGCGUGGUUCAUGAUGCUCCUCAACAUCCCACUCAUUAUUCUGAUGUUCAUCAUCAUCGCACAGCGGAAUAAAAUUUUCGUGGAUCACCCAAAAUUGGAAAAUGCCCUCAUUCCAGUUUGCAUCGUCGAAACGGGAGGUGCUUUCAUCCAGAUCUUCACAAAUAUCUUCCUCAUAUAUGGCGUAGUAAAGAAAAGCCACAGGGAUAUGCUGCCCUGGUUGGUGAUUAAUAAGGUUACGCUGGCCCUCCUUGUCGCCACGAUCAUCAUGAUUGGAAUGCAGAUUGGUUCGCAACUUCCCCUUGGUAUCUACAUUAUCAUGGCGUUUACAGCAGGAAUUCUCAUCUACUUCUGGCUGUGCGUCUUUAGUUUGUUCAAAACAUACAAGACUUUCAGCAGUGACGAUCCGAUGCCAGUGGAUGAUUUAGAGAGGAUUCUCAUUGACGACGAUGACGAUGACAUGCUGCAGUGAUGAAUAAGGGUGCGGACGCUUCAGGUGCCUCAAGGGGAGGGCCCAUCGCGCUAUAAGUAGUGAGCACGGACUGUAAUUUAGUUUUAAUUGUAUUACCAUAAAUGAGAAUAGCGUCGAAGUGAGGCUAUAUGGCAUUUUACCCGGUUAUGCCACAGCUAAACUUUCAGUUAUGUUAUGAAUAUGCUAAAAUAGGGGUGCGAUACAUGAAACUGAUUUCAAUUAUGAGGCUGCGCAUAAAGCCAAACUAUAUUUUAUAUUCCACACAGUGAAACUAAAAGAAAUGUAUAGAGCGAGAGAGAGUGUGUGAAUGAGAGGAGACUAUUUUUGGGGUUGGCAUGACCUACAUUUAUCUUUUUCCCGGAAUACUCGCAAAAUCGCCCUUUCUGUGUUCUCCUCUCUCUUCAAAGGACAAUUCGUUGGAUGAAUUGUUGGGAUAAUGUAAGACGUGUUUCGAAUUCAAUGUCACAUGAAAUUAUUUUUUCCAUUGUUGAUGGCAUGAGCGAGAGAGAGACUUUUGUUGCGAGAUGAGAUUUGGUAUCAAUUCAAGUGCCACUGGAGGCGCAUCAAAUAUUUAUGUCGGACUUUAGGGGGGAUGAAAUGAAGUGAUAAGAAAAGUAGUAUGAACGCCAUGUUGCGAUGAAUCGACCAGUUUCGAUGUCUGGCUCUUUCAAAUGAAACUGAAAUUAUGAUUGGAUUUUCAUGUGGUUCUGGAAAGAAUUUCCCCCACUAUGACAUGUAUUUUAGGAUUUUAGGAAUGAUGAAAGGUGUUUUUUAGAUAUUACAUAAAAUUCUAGUGUAAGGGAGUGACGAGAAAGAACAUGAAAUAAAAUAUUUGUGCGAUGUCGUGCAUUUCUUCCGUUGUUAUCACAGCGCAUGCCUGAUAAGAAUAAACGUAGAAACACGGGCGUAUACCAAAAGUUCUCAAAGGAGUGUAGCCUUCCUCACAAUAAUCCGUGUGAAAUAUACCAAAAAGAGUGUGAGCCCUUCGCUCAAUGAAAUUUUAAUAAGUUUGAGGUGAAGAUUAUCGGGAGAGUCGGUCUGUCGUGUUCACGGUGUUGUGCAUUGGGCGGUGAAACCGCGAAGAGUCGAUUGUGUGGAAAAUUGGUGAAGGAAUCCACAGUGGAGGAGUGUUUGAUUUGCACCCUGACUAUAGUGCUGGAAAAAGGUUUUUCUUGUAGUUCACAGUUGGGGAAAUUGGAGCGAAAAUUGAAAGAAUAAGCAAAAGAGAGUGUCCUUCUAGUGGGCGGCCUCUGGGUUUGGGGUUGGAAGUGUGUUGAAAGUACAAAAAGCUAACCGCACGAGGGGUGUAUGUGUGAAUUUCCUGAAAAUUAGCAACCCCGGCUGGAAGAGUGUGGUGAUUUCAGACAAUUUUCCCGGCACUGGGAGUGCAUCAUCAUUUUGCCACCAGUGCUCACUUUGGGGCGCCGUGGUGUGGGUGUGACACGAGAAAAAGAAGCGAGCUGGUGCGGGGAUAAAAAAGUGAGGAAAUAAAUUAACAGAAAAUAGCAAUAAAACAUAAAAGGAAGCAGUGCGGUGAGACGCGAGGCAGGAGUGUUUGUAAGCUGGCGGAACGGGAAGGAAGUGUGAAGGGGCAGCCACCUCUUGUAGAAAUUGCUGUUCGCCCCAGCAUUCGCCGGAGAAAUGCUGUUGUGUGUAGAAUGCUGAGAAAAUCGUUGCCGAAGAACAUGAACAAUUGAAGUGAUGGUUGUGAAGGUGGCACAGAAAAGUCAAAUAAUAAUGAAAUGUGAUGGUUUAUUUAGUAAAUAAUUGCGUGUAAGAGGAAACUGAAAGCGUCACACAGAACGAGAGCGAGCAGUGAGGAAAAAUGUAUCGAUUUCAACUGCUAAUAUUUUUUCUGCCAUCCAUAAUAUUUGCCACGACGCUGGAGCCAGAUCAUCACAGACCCAUUCUAACAGACAAUGACUGGAAGAAACUCUGGAUGGUGGCGGGAAGUACAAAUUAUGACUCCAAGUCGGAGAAUACCAUAGAUUCCAGUGAUUCACCUCAAUUUGAGGAUACUGAGAUGUUUGCCCACAAUACGACCGUCCAAUUGGGAGGAACCGCCUUCCUUGUUUGCAAAGUGUCCGGAAUCGACAGAGUGGGUGCUAAUUGGAACCAAAUUUCCUGGAUACGUCGCCGUGACUGGCACAUUCUCUCGUCAGGGGUCCAAAUGUACACAAAUGACGAGCGAUUUGCCAUCCUUCACACACCCGGCUCCAACGUCUGGACGCUCCAGAUUAAGUUUGUCCAGCGUCGUGACCACGGAAUGUACGAGUGCCAGGUGUCCACGGCCAACGGCGUGAUAUCGCACUUUGUGAACUUGCAAGUCGUCGUGCCAGAGGCAUUCAUUCUCGGCAACGGCGAGCUGCAUGUGGACAUGGGCUCGACCAUAAAUCUCGUGUGCAUCAUCGAGAAGAGUCCCCAGCCGCCGCAGUACGUCUAUUGGCAGAAGAACGACCGCAUGAUCAACUACGAUGACUCUCGGCGCGACAUCAGCAUAGAGACGUCGCCCGGACCGCGCACGCAGAGUCGCCUCAUAAUCCGGGAGCCCCAGAUCGGUGACUCGGGCAACUAUACGUGUUCCGCCAGCAAUACAGAACCUGCCAGUAUCUACGUGUUCGUGUCCAAGGGGGACAACAUGGCGGCGAUUUCCAGGCGAAAAACCUCCUCUGCCAAUUGCAUCUUCAGCUGCAUUGGCAAUCUCGUCGGCGUCUGCAUUUUCGCCGUGAUCCUCGUCAGCAGGAUCUUCUUCCGGCUCGGUUUGGCAGGCCGCUGAGCGCAUGCAAAAUCCUUGAGUGCGGUAUGAAUUAGGAGUAAAAUGGAAUCUCUGCAACACAGAAUUAGUUCUCAGACAACAUAGUGAGUAAAUUUGUUAAUAAUCUCUCAGAAGAAACACAUAAAACUUUACCAAAAAAAGAACAGAGAUUGAAAAUGGAAUAUUUCUACUAUAAAUAUUAUAUACAGAGAAGGUGAAAAACUACAGAAAAUUCAGUAUAAAUGUGUACAUAGAUAAAUUUACAUUAUAUAUAUAUAUAUAUAUUACAAUAGGGAGAGGGCCAAGGUGAAAACACAUUAAUUAUGAACUUACACGAAAUCAGUAAAGAUGUUGAGGGGAAGGAGUAUAAUAAAAAAAAUACGUUAGAAGAAAAUUAUUAAUGUGAAUACAGAAAAUGAUGAAUAACUUAAUCAAUAAUAUGAUUUUUCUGAAACUCACCCGAAAUAUGGCAUGAAAUCAUAGGAAAGCUCUUCACUAAAGAGGUUUGUAUGUUACAAAGUGUCUCAAUUCGAGUGUCAUGCAUGGAAAUAAAUAGAGACGUUUGAGACAGAGACACCCUGUAAGGGAGCAAAAUGAAAUGGAAAGGAAAUUAAUUAGUGAAGCACAAACAAAUUGAACAUAUUAUCUUUUUUAACAAAUUAUUUCAUGUUGUCAUGAAAAGGAAGAAGAAAGAAAAAAAAAUAGACGUGAAGUCUCUCUAAUUUUGUGACUUUCUGACCAAUUUUUAGACGAAGAGUUACAUAUAAAAAAAGGAUGGAAAUCAAGUAUAAAUAAUUUUUUGUGUAAAUAAUGUAAAUUGGUGGACGAUUGACUCCGUGUCCUGCGUGUGUUGAAUAUUUCAGAGGCAUUCGCGUUAUUUUUCCUCUCCCUUUACUUUCCUUCUCUCGGUGGUUUAAAAAAAAUAUUCACACGUGAAUGUUGUAUUUUUUCCGUGCUCUCGGGGGCCAGCCGAAAAUCAAUUGAGUAUUCCACAGUCUCUCCAGCCGCCCGCGUCCCUUCAGCCCCCGCCCCAUGUCUCUCAUAUGUUAAUGAUGAAAUUAACUUGUUUGUUGAAAAAUAUUACAACUCUUUUUCAUUCCUCACCUCGUUAACAUUCUCUGGUGCAUGUUGAAUUAUUAAAUAGGAAAGUGAGAAAAUAUAAGCAAGUUUAUAAAACUAUUAAAGUUAGAAAAUGCACUCUGCAACAUGAGGAUUGUGAUAAACAUUUUUGAGAUUCACUAAGUUAAUUAAAAUGUCCCCCUCCCUUCCGUCAACUUCUAUGCCGCCCCCCAAACACACACAACUCCUUAAUACUGUAAAAACUCCCCCAUUGUAACGCUUUCUCUCCCUUCUCCCCGACUUAUUCUCUUGCCCGUUAUCUUUCAUUCAACAUCUCCCCGUGUGGGACAUGCUGAAAGUGCACUCCGCCAGUGGAGAGGACACUCUUUGAGAAAAUUCAUUAACAUUGUCAGUGUUACUCAGAAAGACUUGCAAUAAGAAAAUAGGAAAGAGGAGAAAUUAAAAUACCACUCCGAAUGAAUUCCAUCUCGCAAUUUGUGCCAAUUCAGGUAGACUUUGAGGAGUGUUUGCUUACCAAUCGUGAGUUAAUAGAUUGCCAAGCAGCAACUGUUGAUUCCACCAUUCGCAAUUUAGAGCUAUUCGAAUCGUGUGAUUUGCAAAUGAAGUGCAACUUGAAAAUUCACUCGCGAGACUUCCUGUGCACUUGAAGCCACAAAAAUCACUCCUCAAGCAAUAUGCAAUGCACGAAGUGGCACAAACUUGAAUGAGCAUUGAGAUGGUGUGGUAUUUGGCAAACAUUACAUGAAAUAAAGAUUAAAUGAACAAGGUUAAACGAGUAAACAAGAUAUGAGACAGAAAAAUCAUUUCAGUUGCGUAGAGUAUAUAUGACAAUCUUUAAUUAUUCUCUGAAUUGAAAUAUAAAUUUAAAUGUAUAUGGUAAAUUACAUAAUAUGAUAUACAUUUUAAAAAUGUUUUAGCGAAAUACCAUCUCUCCCAUUUGCUGAAACACAAGAAUAGACAAAUGAGAUAGAUAAAGAAAAGAGUGAACAAGUAGAGAGAUGAAAAGACAACACAAUUUACACAGAAGAAGGACUCAAUAAAGAAAUCAUAAUAAUCCCAUUGAAGUUAAAGAAUAAAGAAAAAAUGAAGGCGUUAGAGGAGAAGAAAACACUUUAAAUAGACAGUCACCUUAUAUAAGAGAUGAAAAAGAAUACUAACUAAAGUGAGAUAAAAAAAAAACAA